GAUAAUGCGUGAUGUAUCUGAUGCAGCUGUUACGAAGAAGAAAAGUAGGCCAAGAGGUCCUACAAAAGGGAUACGUUCCAAACCCGGCAUUCAGAGAGUUCUUGCUUGGGAUGAGUGGAUACGUCCGAUUGGGCGCUAUGCUAGUGAGUACAAGAUUUAUUGUGGGGAGAUCAGUAGAAGCAAAGUGUCUAUCUUGUACGACACUUGGGAUGAUGUUCCAGAAGGCACCAAAAACACUUUGUGGGAAGAUGCUAAAAGAGAGUUUGGGAUAGAAGAGGAUGUGUUGAAGAAACGAGAUGUCUUGACUACAUGUGAUAAACGGUGGAGAGAUUUCAAGUCAAGAUUGGUGACUAGAUGGAUCACUAAAACGAGGAAGGUGGCUAACGAUGAUAGGCAGCCAUACGUGAUGUAUCCUUACAUCACGCGAGAGAUAUGGGACCAGUUUGUAAAAAAAUGUAGCACUAAGGAGUUCCAGGCUAAAAGUGCAAAAGCAAGAAUCUCUCAGGCUGCUAACAAGCAUCCUCAUUUUUUGGGCCAAAAAUCAUAUGCGGAGAUGAUUCCCAUUUGGCAAAGCAGAGGGUAUAUCCCUUCUGCUACAGCAUCAUCUGUUGACUCUUCUACAUCAUCAUUGACUACCUCCUUGCCGGAUCGAACAUUGCCUUGGCUUCUUGCGAGAUCGAAAAAAGAUAAGGAUGGAAAAUUAUUCUUUCCUAAUGAAGAAACACAAAAGAUAAAAGAGUCCAUUGAUGAUUGGAAAAAGAAAGAAGCUGAAGGAGAGUUUGUUCCAGGUCGGAUGGAUGAUGCUCUUUCACGUGCUCUGCAGAGGAAAGACUGACCUGGGCGUGUGCUAACAGCUGGGCGUAGCAUUGGGAUUACAUCUGUUUGGGGAGAUCCUGAUCGGAGGAGUAGUGCCUCCAAGGAU